UUCUGCAAUAAAUUAAAUUGAUAAUUAUUAAUUAUGUUGGGCGGUGUAGUGGGCGUUGGCCACACGUGUAGUAGAUAAAAAUGGGUAAAGAUAAGAAGGCGAGGAAAUAUUCAGUAAUGAAAAAGAUGCUCUCUGUCAGAGAUGCCAGAAUAAAAGCUAACCAGAAGAAGGAAGAAGAGAAGAAAAAGAAAAUUGAAGAACAGAAAAUACGACAAGUUCCUCAAGUUCCUUCUUCAUUAUUUUUUGCGUAUAACGAUCAGUUGGGCCCUCCCUAUUAUGUCAUUGUGGACACUAACUUUGUCAAUUUUUCCAUUAAAAACAAGCUGGACCUUUUCCAAUCAAUGAUUGAUUGUCUAUAUGCUAAAUGCGUCCCACACAUAACUGAUUGCGUUGCAGGUGAAUUGGAAAAACUUGGCACCAAAUUCAGAGUUGCACAAAAGAUUAUCAGUGACCCUCGGUUUGAGAGGCUCCCUUGCCUACACAAAGGAACCUAUGCCGAUGACUGCAUAGUCGACAGAGUGACGCAGCAUCGUUGUUAUAUAGUGGCUACGUGUGAUAGAGAUUUAAAGAGAAGACUGAGGAAGAUACCGGGAGUACCCAUAAUGUACAUAUCAAAGAAUCGCUAUAGUAUUGAGAGGAUGCCUGAUGCUUUUGGAGCACCAAGAACUUGAUUGAAUCUAAUGACAAAAAGAUAACUGUAUUCUAUUGUUCAAAUAUACAUCUUAACAAUCAAUUGAUGAAUGUACUAUUAACUAAUAAUGUAUGUGUACAUUAGCACUCACACACACACACACCUGGAGUAACUAUUAAUUUAUUAUGUAAAUCAUUUUCUUCUAAAGAAAUUCAUAAAGC